ACAACAAACAGGGCAUGCAACCUGAACUUAACACAGGAGGCAUUUGUAUUUUUCAGAUUUGCUUCAGUUAAGUAUCAUCACUUCUUUAGCUUUCUCAAUCAUUCCCCUCCACAAUGUCCGUUGACUGCAGCUCUGACAACACGUCUUUCAUCAGCUUCUUUAACUCCCCCGUCAAUGACAGCUCCUCUUCAGGAACACCACUGACCUCCCACCUCAGGCCCUGGUACAUCGCUGCUUCUGUGAUUAUUGCAAUCAGUUUCCUGCUUGGUGUCCCUGCUAACAUCGUGGUGAUAGCAAAACUCAGCCGGCAUCUGCGUGGUUCCUCCAUGUCGCAGCGACUCUUCUUCAACCUGGCGGUGUCGGACCUCCUCUGCCUGCUCUGCUUGCCUGUUGGCGGGGUAAUUUUUCUCCAAGGACUCAUUUUGUCACAUGAAUUCUGUCAACUUUUCUUUUACUUCAUUUUUUUCUGCAUCGCCACCAACUUAAACAUUCUGGUACUGAUAAGUAUUCAGAGGUACUGCCAGGUUCUUCACCCCAAAAAGUGGGACAAGCUGGGUCGGACAUGGCAGCGGUUUUUGCUGUUCGGUGUGUGGAUGCUCGGAGCCCUAGUGGCUCUUCCAAUUGUGUUUUUUCUAACACAUGAUGAUGAGCAGACUGAUGGUCAUUCAUGGAAGAAUCUGAGGAUCACACCGGAACUCGAAGUGGUCUACAUUAUUUUUGUAGUUUUUAGCUAUUUAGCCUUGUUGUCCUUCUAUGUGCUACUUGUCAGAGGAGUCAAUCGAAUUAAAAUGGCCAACAGAAAAAAGCCUCGAGUUAUUAAAAUUUUUAUUCGAAUAAUGGCUGCUUCUCUUGUUGUUGGCUUUUUACCUGUCAUUUUUCGUAUCGUGUAUGUGGCUGCACUGUUGACAUCAUCAAACAAAGUGCUUUCUGUUAGCAAGAAGCUGACAGUUGCAGAAUGUUUUUACUGUUUUAAUUACUGUCUGAAUCCAUUCCUGUAUUUCUUUUCCUCGAGGAAUCAUGUAACUGAAAGCAACAAAAGAAGGAGUUUCCUCAUGACCCUUGAUGACAACUUCUAAUGUGAUCCCUGCAUUGUGAAUGACUUCUUAUUUUAAACUUCAUCAUACCAAUGCGGUUUGAUACACAUUAAAACAAUAUGCCAGACUUGGUCCCAGUGAUGGUCUUGGAAAUACAGAAUGCAGUUCGUCAUCAAGUCAUCAAUUUAAAUACCAAAACUUUCCUCAAAGCUUUUGUGUCAUUUUCCUAUUUUAUUCAUCAUCAAUUAUUACAGGAUUGUAUGUCCUUCUAAUCUUAUGUAUGUGUUUCUGUUUGUUUUAAAUAAACCGACUU